GCACUCUCCGCUUCCAGCUCGCGGAAAGCCGCCACAAUCUGAAGCCGCCUUUGGGUUCCCGAAGAAAGAAUGCUAGAAGGCCUGUCAGCCAAUGAUUCUUCUGCAGCGAGCUGGGUUUCCUCCUCUUCCAGAAACGCCCCCAUCUCUUCCUAUGUCAGUGGCCACCAGGCCCACAGCCACCUUGCGACUUUCUCCACCGAAGCCACUGGGACCGGGGCCAUCCUUGCCACUUGCACAAGAUGAGGAACUCGCCACGAGGGGGGAGCAGGACCCCUUGCUGGAGGAACUCUGCAAGCCAUUGUGCUGCAGGCUUUGCAAUGUCACCCUAAACUCUGCCCAACAAGCCCAGGCGCACUACCAGGGUAAAAACCACAGUAAGAAACUUCGGAACUACUAUGCUGCCAGCAGCUGCCCAGCUCCUGCCCGAGUGAGUAACUCUCUUGAGCCAGCUACUCAUCCGAUGGUGUCUCUUGCACCCCAGGGGUCCUCCACGAAACCAGGGGGACGAGUGAUCUUGGCCACGGAGAACGAUUAUUGCAAACUGUGUGAUGCGUCGUUUUCUUCACCAGCGGUGGCCCAGGCUCACUACCAGGGCAAAAAUCAUGCCAAGAGGCUGCGCCUGGCCGAGGCACAGAACAACUCGUUCUUAGAGUCGCCCGAAGUGGCCAGCAAAAGAAAAGCGCGAAAAGAAGGGAAUGAAUUCAAGAUGAUGCAGAACAGAAGGAAUGUUUAUGCUGUGCAAAAUAACACAGGCCCUUAUUUCAACCCACGCUCCCGUCAGCGGAUACCUCGUGACCUCGCCAUGUGCGUCACCCCCAGCGGCCAGUUCUACUGCUCCAUGUGUAACGCCGGGGCCAGCGAGGAAGUGGAGUUCCGGCAGCAUUUGGAGAGCAAGCAACAUAAAAGCAAAGUCUCCGAACAGCGGUAUAAGAACGAGAUGGAGAACCUCGGCUACGUCCAAUGAGACUCGAGCCGUGAUAAGCCGCUCUUCUUCUUCUUCUUCUUUUUUUUGGGACUUUUCCCUAUGUAGGGAGCAGCUUCUGCUUGCUUGCCUGCCACGUGCCCUGCAUCUGUGCUCUGUGCCUUAGGAGGCCUGCUCCCCAGCUCUCUCCGUGCUUCUCAAAAACUCGCCAACCUAUCUGUGAAGUCGAUGGAUUUCAGUCAGAAGACAAAGAGAAGCGGGGUCACGCUCCCAAUUGGCAGGAAUGCGUGCCACAGGAUACUGUAAUGUGGAUGUGUUCGGUCCAUUAGCUGCCUUCGAGGCAGAACCUGCCCCUCUCACUGGUCCCCCUUCCCUUCCCUUUGCAUGAGUGAGCUUUGCUUGAGAAAGUAGUGUGAAGGGUUCACACACACACACACACCCUUUUUUUUUUUCUUUGCUGUGCAUUGUGCCACUUUUGCAUAAGGCGACUUGGUGAAACAAACGACAAAGGGCCAGCUUAAGGUGCCACCUGUCCGGGGAACACUUCCAAUUCCUCCUCCCUGGUUAAGUCCCACAAUCUCUAGUUGUAUAUCGGUUUGAGGGGUGUGUGUGUGUGUGAAGCAGAGACAGGAGAGGCCUCUGUGGCUAGUCAGAAUGAUAAGAACUGGGUGAAUUGAACCAGUAGGGACUCAGCUGCUAUUAAAAAAAAAUAAGCAAAAAA